GAGAGAGAGAGAGAGAGCGUCUUCACUGAUGUCGCCGCUGAAGCUGCACGAGCCGCACGCAGUUUGAAUCGUGUGUCAGAGGACGCCGGUGGAGCAGCACGAAGUCAGGGAAGCGGAAGGAGGUGAAGAUCUAAAGAUACUCUGCCUCCAAAGCACCAAUGGAGGAACAAGGAACUUUUAAAGGUUGACUUCCCUGACACAGACGGUAGAAGCAGGAAGGACAAAAACCUCAUUCAACAGUCAUUUGUAACAAGAUUUAAGGAUGGACACUCCCUCAGCUCUUCCGAUUAUUGUGGACGAGACUAGCGAGGAAUGUGGGGAUGCAGAAUCUGGGGAAGACGUGGUUUUGGCCACAGAUGACCAUCUCAUGAACUUGAAGGCGUUGACAGAGAAACUCAAACUGGAAACCAGGAGGCCUUCUUACCUGGAGUGGAAAGCCCGGCUCGAGGCGGAAAGCUUCCGGGAAUCUAGAAGUGGAAAAUGCCCGAUCCAAGUGGAGCCUGAGGGGAGAGUCGUCGGAAAGUCCGACGGGAUUCAGUGCAAGUUGCCAUCGGGUGUUCUGAAAGGAUUUGAGAACAUCGAUGAAGCUCUCAGUUGGCUGAGGAGGGAACUGACCGACAUGCGCCUGCAGGACCAGCAGCUGGCGAGGCAGCUCAUGCGGCUGCGCAGCGACAUCCACGAGCUGAAAAUAGAGCAGGCGUGCCACCUGCAUCGCCGGAUGCUCAACGACGCCACCUUUGGCCUCGAGGAGCGGGACGAGCUGUCAGACCUGCUGUGCGAAUGUCCGGUCACCCCGGGUCUCGGCCUCUCGGCCCCGCUGCGGCUCAUCGGCGUCACCAAGAUGAACAUUAACUCUCGACGUUUCUCGCUCUGCUAGUGGAUGGUAGUCAUGGCCCUCUUGACCACAAUGUCGUGAGGAUGCAGCUAGAUGUAAUGUCUGUUUUUGUAGUCCCUGUAAUCAAAAAGAGAGAGAUUUAAGUGAUGUAUGUUAUUUAGACAGACGUAGGUACAUAUAUAGUGUGUGUUUCCCUCUAGACUAUACAUGGCUUUGGCAGCUCUUUACAGAAACCUCUGUCUGAAAACCACAGCAGAUUUUAGACCUUUAGGCCAUCGUGACUUGAAACAGAACAAUUGCCAUUUUUUAAACUACAGAGAAGCAAUCGCAUAAUGCACUAGUUGGUGACCUCACGAUGGUCCCCAGUAAUUUGCUGAAGUUUGUUCCUGAAAAGUAAAGAUGUAUUUAGCUCUUGACCGGAGCUCCGCCCUUUUUAUGCCCUAAUUGUAGAGUUGACCGCAUUGUUUGUCUGAAAUAAAAAAACAUGGUUCAGUUCAUGGCUCAACAAUAAAUGAUCCUCGAUCUCUGUUCGUACCAAAAAUGAUAUGACUAUGCAGAUAUUGUUAUGGGAUCUAACCGUUCCUGACUGAUGUUCUUCGUGGGGGGAGGGGGGGUUUGCAUUUGAAAUGUGAGCAUAUGAAAGAUGAACGGAGUGUCGUCCCAGAGCACAGACCAUGGCACAAGAAAAGGAGUUGCUCCACUGUUAGUGCUAGUAUGAUGACACAAAUGUACUGGAAAUAAAAUGAAGUAUUAUCCUU